AUGGACGAGCUCGUGGUUGUGGUGGUACAGCAACGAUUCGUGGCGAUCUUGUGGCCUCUUUUGAGCGCGAAGAAUCGAGGCAAAGCUUAUGUCAGCUCAGAGGUGAGGGGGACCUUUGGCUACCUCGAUCCCGAGUACCAGAACAACCGCCAGGUGAACUCAUCCGCUGAUGUUUACAGCUUCGGGGUAGUGCUGCUGCAAAUCCUCUCGGGGGAGAAAGUUAUCAACUUGAACCAGAAAAAACUGAUGCCAUUGGAUAAAAUGGCAAAAGCCCUUGUAAGAGGCGGUAGCAUCGCAGACUUCGCGGACCCCAGGUUCGAGGGCGAAUACUCUGCAGAGGCAUUUAAUAUUACACUUCAGCUGGCACUCUCAUGCACUGGCCUGAAGCAACAAAGGCCAUCCAUGGAGCAAGUUGUCGUAAAGUUGGAGGAAGCCCUAGAAAUAUCAAUCAAAGCAAAAGCUUCUUCUCCUGAGCUGACCCCCGAAUGGCCUUCUAGUUCAACAGAGUGA